ACGGCCACCGAGGCCACGCUGAUGGUCCAGGACUUCCCCCAGAAGCGCCAGGUCCUGUUCCAGACCCGCGUGGCCCUGAGCCCGGCCGAGGGCAUGAUGGCCACUGCCACCAUCAAGGUUCAGGCCAAGGCGCUGCCGCCGGCGCCGGGGAAGUCCUUUGUGACGGUGACAGCGCGGGUGGCCGCGGUGACGCUGGAGAAGGUCCUGCUGGUGUCCCUGCAGAGCGGCCACGUCUUCCUGCAGACCGACAAGCCCAUCUACACCCCCGGGGCCACCGUCCUCUGCCGCCUCUUCACCGUGGACCACCUCAUGCAGCCGGUGGCCAAGACGGUCAUCGUGGAGGUCAAGACGCCCGACAACGUCAUCAUCAAACAAGUGCCGGUGUCGUCGCCGAAGAAAACCGGGAUCCUGUCCCUCAACCACCACCUGCCCGAGGUCGUCAGCUUGGGCAUGUGGACGAUCUCAGCCAAAUUCGAGGAUUCUCCGGAUCAGGUUUUCAGCACCCAGUUCGAGGUCAAGGAAUACGUGCUGCCGAGCUUUGAGGUGGCCCUGGAGCCCAAGGAGAAGUUCCUGUACAUCAACCGCCAGGAGGAUUUCCAGGUGUCCAUCGAGGCCAGGUACCUGUACGGGAAGCGCGUGGAGGGGACGGCCUUUGUCCUCUUUGGCAUCAUGGUGGACGACGAGAAGAAGAGCAUCCCCCAGUCCCUGCGGCGUGUGGCGGUGGAGAACGGUGACGCCGAGGCCACGCUCUCCAUGGCGCACCUGCGCGAGCGCUUCCCCAACCCCCAGGAGCUGGUGGGACACUCCCUCUACGUCACCGUCACCGUCAUCACCGAGUCAGGCAGUGACAUGGUGGAGGCCCAGCGUGGUGGCAUCCAGAUCGUGACGUCCCCCUACACCAUCCACUUCACCCACACCCCCAAGUACUUCAAGCCGGGGAUGCCCUUUGACCUCACGGUUUUUGUCACCAACCCCGACCAGUCGCCGGCGCCACGCGUCGCCGUCCAGGCCGACGGCUUCCAGGGCCAGGUGUCCACCCAGCGCGACGGCACGGCCCGGCUGGUCCUCAACAUGCCGGCCAACAAGGACAGCGUCCCCAUCACCGUGCGGACGGCGCAGGCGGGGCUGCCGCCGGCACGCCAGGCCUCGCGGCAGAUGAUGGCCCAGGCCUACCUCAGCCAGGCCAACUCCGGCAACUUCCUGCACCUGGCGGUGGCCGCCACCGAGCUGCUGCCCGGGGACAACCUGGCCGUGAACUUCCACCUCAAGACCAGCAACAACGACGUCCGCAACUCCGUCCCCUUCUUCACCUACCUGCUGGUGGUGAAGGGGGCGACAGAAGGUGACAACCGCGUCCACGAGCCGGGGACGCCGAUGAGGCUGCGCAUCGAGGGCGACCACAAGGCCCACGUGGGGCUGGUGGCCGUGGACAAGGGGGUCUUCGUCCUCAGCAAGAAGAACAAACUCACCCAGACCAGGGUUUGGGACACGGUGGAGAAAAGCGACAUCGGCUGCACGCCGGGCAGCGGCAGGGACAACAUCGGCGUCUUCUCCGACGCCGGCCUGAGCCUGACCACCAGCACCAAGGUCACCACCCCCCAGCGCUCAGAGGUCCAGUGUCCCCAGCCUGCCAAACGCAAGCGCCGCUCGCUGGCCCUCGCCGAGUACAAGGGCACCAAGGGUAGGGACAAGGGGACACCCCGAUGUGGGGUGGGGCUGGGCCACCACGGGCUUGAACGUUGUGGGGGGACACGAGGAGGACCUGGGGUCACCCAUCUCCACCCCACCCCACCCCACCGCACAGACGGCGUGCAGGAGGAGCGGGUGAAGGCCGCCGACCUCUCGGACAUUGUCCCCAACACCGAGUCGGAGACCAAAGUCAGCAUCCAAGGCAACCCCGUGUCCAUCCUGGUGGAGAAGGCCAUCGAUGGUGCCAAGCUGAAGCACCUGAUCGUGACGCCGUCGGGCUGCGGGGAGCAGAACAUGAUCAGCCUGACGCCCACCGUCAUCGCCGUCCACUACCUGGACACCACCCAGCAGUGGGAGAACUUCGGGCCCGACCGGCGCGCCGGUGCCACCGAGCUCAUCCAGAAAGGUUACGUCCAGCAGUUGGCCUUCCGCAAACCCGACAGCUCCUACGCCGCCUUCAUCCACCGCCCCUCCAGCACCUGGUUGACCGCCUACGUGGUCAAGGUGUUCUCCAUGGCCAGGAAGCUGACGGACAUCGAGCACGGCGAGAUCUGCGGCCCCAUCAAGUGGCUCAUCCUCAACAGGCAGAAGCCGGACGGCGUCUUCCAGGAGGACGCGCCCGUCAUCCAUAAGGAGAUGGUGGGCGGCUACCAAGGCGCCGAGCCCGAGGUGUCCCUCACCGCCUUCGUCCUCAUCGCCCUGGAGGAGGCACGGGACACCUGCAAGGACCACGUCAAUAACUUGGACGACAGCAUCAAAAAAGCCGCCGGCUUCCUGGCCCGGCGCUACGAGCAGCUGGCCAGGCCCUACACGGUGGCCCUGGCGUCCUACGCGCUGGCCCUGGCCGGGAAGCUCAACACCGAGAAGGUCCUCAUGAGGUUCUCCAAAGGUGGGGCCAGCUGGGAGGAGAACAACGCCCGCACCUACAACAUCGAGGGCACGUCCUACGCGCUGCUGGCCCUGGUGCAGAUGAAGAAGUCCCAGCUGGCCGGGCCGGUGGCCCGGUGGCUCGCCCAGCAGAACUACUACGGAGGAGGCUACGGCUCCACCCAGGCCACCAUCCUGGUGUUCCAAGCGCUGGCCCAGUACCAGGUGGCCACCGAGUCGCAGCAGCAGCUGGAGCUCGACGUGUCGGUGCUGCUGCCGCGCCGCGCCAGCGCCAUCAAGUACCGCAUCGAGAACCACAACGCGCUGGUGACGCGCUCCACCGAGACCAAGCUGAACGAGGACUUCACGGUCAAGGCCGAGGGCGUGGGCAAGGGGACAAUGACGGUGGUGACCGUGUACCACGCCAAGGUCCCCGACAAGGAUGACAAAUGUGACAACUUCGACCUGAGCGUGGACGUGGAGGAGGUCGACGGGGGUAAGGAAGAGGAGGACAUCAUCAGGACCAUCAAGAUCACCAUCUGCACCAGGUACCUGGACACCGUGGAUGCCACCAUGUCCAUCCUGGACGUGUCCAUGCUCACGGGCUUCUCGCCGGACGUGCAGGACCUGAGGAGGCUGUCCGAGGGGGUGGACAGGUACAUCUCCAAGUUUGAGCUGGACCAGGACAAAGAGCGGAGCAACGUCGUCAUUUACCUGGACAAGGUGUCCCACAAGGCCCAGGAGUGUUUCGCCUUCAAGGCCCACCAGAGGUUCCAGGUGGGGCUGAUCCAGCCCGCGGCCGUCAGCGUCUACAGCUACUACAGGAUCGAUGAUCGCUGCACCCGGUUCUACCACCCGGACAAGGAGGGAGGGAAACUGAACAAGAUCUGCCAGGGGGACGUUUGUCGCUGCGCCGAAGAGAGCUGCUUCAAGCGGCAGGAGGAGCCCGAGGACAUCACCGUCAACCAACGCAUGGACCGCGCCUGCGAGCCCGGGGUGGACUUUGUGUACAAGGUGAGGCUGGUGGCCCGCGAGGAGACCCCGUCCCACGACAAUUACAUCAUGGAGGUCCUGUCGGUCAUCAAGAUGGGCACGGACGAGGACCCCGCUGGCAGCAACAGGACCUUCGUGAGCCACCAGCAGUGCAGGGACACCCUGAGGCUGCGCGUGGGACGGGACUACCUGGUCUGGGGACAGGCCAGCGACCUCUGGGCCACCGGCAGACACUUCUCGUACCUGGUGGGGAAGGACACGUGGCUGGAGGAGUGGCCCUCGGAGGUCGCGUGCCAGGACGCGGAGCUGCAGAAGCUCUGCCAGGACUUCCUCGAGUUCUCCGAGUCCAUGACGCUCUUCGGCUGUCCCAGCUGAGUCCCCGGGGUGCCACCCACCCUCGGGUGCCACCCGCCCUCGGGUGUCACCUGGUCCCGGCGUGUCACCACGCUCCGGUCACUUUUUGUCCCCUCCCCGCCCUUUCUUUUUUUGGUUAUUUUCUUUUUUUUUUGGUUAAAAAAAAGUCAUUUCUGAGCA